AUGGUCCAGGGAGAGAAGGAGAUGCUAAAAAAAUUCAUGCAUCGCUUCAACACCGCGACCCUGGAGAUCCGCAACCUAGACAUGAGGGUGGCUUUGGCAGCUCUGACCACUGCCCUUCAGUCCGGAAGCUUCCUGUACUCUUUGGGGAAGAAGCCGCUGGCUUAUAUGGGAGAAUUGAUGGCCCGAGCGCAGAAGUACAUCAACUUAGAAGAAAUGAUGGACACCAGGGGAAAUCGCAUCGAGCUGAAAAGGAAGGGUAAUAGUCAUGAGAUGGGAGAAUCCUCUAGAUCCACGAAGAGACAAGAGACUAGUACGCUGCUCACCAGCCCUAAGAUAAGAGGGCAGUCCAGCAAGUUCUCCACCUAUACACCCCUAAAUGUAUCGUGUUUUGAAAUACUAAUGCAGAUAAGGAAGAAGAACUAUGUCUCGUGGCCAGAACUUAUGCGAACUUAUUUACAUAAACGAAACAUGUCCAAGUUUUGUCAAUUCCACAGGGAUCAUAGGCAUGACACAGAGGAAUGUAUUCAGCUGAAGAAGGAGAUUAAAGCUUUGAUGAAAAGGGGAUACCUGUCAAGAUUUAUAAAGAAAGAAGAUCCACAAAGAGAACCUCGCGAGCAGAGGAGACCCAACAGGAACGAGAAGGAAGAACAGGUCAUAGGGGAAAUCACGGUGAUCUUUGGAGGAUCCGCUAGUGGAGAAGAUAGCGGAGGUGGACGCAAAAGAUAUGUUAAACAAGUACUCUCAACAGAGAAAGGGAAACCAAGUAGCAAAAGGAAUAGUCAAGAUGAUGAUAUCAUCUUUGACAACGGAACGAAGAAGUAG